UGAUGCACUUCUGGUGCCUACCGGAUGUUGCCUAGGAGCAUUGGACCCCAACCAGCAGCACAGCCCAACAAAAUGUGAUUCUGUUGUGUUUUGGAAAACGCUGGUGGAAACUUUCUAGUGGAAAUAGUUGGACUACAGUCUCCGUAUUCCCACAGUUGGUCCCACAAGAAGCACGUGUCUACGUGUUCAUGCUGUGUCUCAAAAUUGUGGACCAUGAUGGAUCGAAGAAGAGCCUUAACUAUUCCAUUUAAUGUUGACAAGAAUAACUUGGUUUCCUGGACUGCAUUUGCGGGUUGCAAACGCAAACACCGUGAUUCACAGCAUAGAAAUGGAUCCACGGCUGCUUGAUCACAAGCACGCAGACACAGACGCACUGGAAAUGGCAAGGAGGCAGCCCUGUCUGAUUCUGACCGAUGUCCUAGAAACAGAACAAGGCAAGGCCUACAUGGAAAGAAUAAGACUGAGUCAAACUUCCAGAAAUCGCAGAGGAGUGUCGAGUACAGUGGGGGAGAGUGGGCGAAUCAAAGAGAAGCCUCUGGUCGGCAGAGACAAGAGUUCCAGUCAGAAGGAGGCUAAUAAAAACGGAAGUCAAACCCCGAAAAGCAAGCAAAAGACAACGUCCUCACUUUCUCAAAGGUCAAAACACUGGAGAAGGUCACAAAGCCUUGAUGACGACAAGGACACAGAGGAAAACAAAGAUAUCGAGCAGAUGAUAAUAGGAAAGGGCAACGGAGACGACUUCAAAUACGCUGGAGUUGUAGAUUGUGGGUUUUCAGUGCGAUGGGACCCCGCAGAUGAUACAGGAGGUUCCGAUGAGUUCUCCCCAGCCAGCAUCAAGGACAGGUUGUCUGAUCCAGAAAAAGAAGCACAAAACCUUUUGAAGAGGAAAAGAGAGGAUCCAGUGUCUCCCUGCAAUGGAACAAGCAACCCCAAAUGCCACCGUGACAGUGUGCUUCGCCUCAACGGAGAUGAAGGAAAAGAUGGAGGACUGUCCCCAAUGAGUGUUUGGGAAAAGGAACCCGAUGAAGACGAAGAUCUGGGCAGCCCGGACCGUACCAUUUUACAGUUCAUGGUGGGAGGCGAUGAUCAGACGCAACUUCUGCUCCCAACCCCCAUUCCUCAUUUAGAGGCCGGAGACUCUGUUGCUACCCUCAGACGAAGUCUUUCCUCGAGCCAGGAUAACACGGCCACAGCCAGCCUCUCCGAACCCAUCGUUCUGUCCAGUGAUGAUGAGGAGGGCGCUGACGCUGCUCGCUGCAGCCUAGCGAUCCAAACACUGGACUCUGUGGAAGACGCAGUAAUACAGUCACAAUCCCCACAGGAAGCUGAGGACAAAGAGCAAGAAGCUUAUGACCUAGAGGACAUGCAGAUGCUGCAUGUACUUGUAGAGGAGCCCUGUUCGCUGACAAUUCCAACACCCAGUAUAGACUACUCCUUCUCCACGCUACACUGCGGAGGCUUUCGAGGGAGAGCGGAUGGAGACAUCAUGAUAGCCGACCACAAAAUCAUCAUUCCACUGAAAGAUGAUGAUGAUGGAGAGGUGGAGGUGAGGGUAACUGUGGACCGUACAGACAUGAGGAGGUACAGCGUGUGGGAGGAGCCGGAACUGGUGGAACGGGAUUUUCACUUUGAAGACGGCGAGGAGCCUUUCCCUGCCGCCAUCCUUCUGUUAUACGUGUCAGAAACGGCUGCAGCUGCUGUAAAGCGAGACCUCCAAAAGCUGUGUAUUAACCAACACAGAGCGACGAGCACUGACAAGGCGAGCCCGUUUCUCCUGCUGACGCUGACACAUCCGCUGGAGGGAAUGGAGGGGGCUUUACUGCGCUCCCUCCUGGAAAUUGACUGUAUCAACAGUCUGACAAAAGAAACUUUUGAUUGUGGCUCCAAAAGUAGUUGUUUAGACGACUUCAACAGUCUUGUUCUUUCUCUGGAUGAUAGCAUUGAGCUGAUCAGAAGAACUGGACUGGACUCUCCCCUGCUGUUUUUGCUGGGCCUGGAGAGCUCUUACCCUCCAGUAGACACAGACGAGGAUGAUCCGCACUCUGAUACAGACAUAAACACACUACCAAACCUCGAGCUGGUGGUUGAUUCACAGAAAGAGACAGAACUGAAGCUGGAGACAGAAAGGGAUCAAGAGUCAGAGACAGAACUGAAGCUGGAGACAGAAAGGGAUCAAGACUCAGAGACAGAACUGAAGCUGGAGACAGAAAAAGAUCAAGACACAGAGACAGAACUGAAGCUGGAGACAGAAAAAGAUCAAGACACAGAGACAGAACUCAAACCAGAGGAGGAUCGCAAAGAACAAGAGCUCGAACAACAGCCUGAGAAGAAAGAGGAGGAGCCCGCUCGUGUAUACACGCUGUGCCAUCGUCGAACAAAAGAUUCCUACCAGGUGUCCCUGUGCAAACCGGACUCCAGCUGGGCUAAAUUUAAACAUCGUGGACUGGCACGAAGGUUGAUACAGUUUCCUCCCCCACCGUUGAAAGGAGGGAUAACUGUCACAAUGGAGGACCUGCAGUGCCUCGACACCGGGAUCUUCCUUAACGAUGUUAUCAUCGACUUUUACCUCAAAUACCUCCUCGAGAACGCCUCUGCUGCUGUGGCCGAGCGCUCGCACAUCUUCAGCAGCUUCUUCUUCAGGCAACUCACACGCAGGGACAACGCCAGCGAGGGAACCACAGUUACCAGUGACGCCUGUCAGAGGCAGAGACGGCACCAACGGGUGAAGACAUGGACACGACAUGUGGACAUCUUCAAGAAGGACUUCCUGUUUGUGCCUGUCAAUCAGGAGGCUCAUUGGUAUUUAGUUAUUAUAUGCUUUCCUGGGCUGGAGGAACCAAAAUCCGAGACCUGGAGUGGUCCUGACUCAAAAAAGAGCCAGGGGGGGACAGGACAGCAGCAGGAAGAAGAGGCAGCUCAAGGGUCAAAAAGCCCGAAUGAUAUCACAGAGACAACACCUACAUUAAAUCACCUUGACAGUGUGGACACAAAGACGGAAAAGGCUGAGGAAAAAUCCACUAAAGACACACGCCCUGGUCCAGUGAACUGCACAGAACAGACCUUCCAGAAGGAAACCGGUAUGAAGAGGCCAUGUAUUCUAAUCAUGGAUUCCCUCAAACUUUCCCUUCAUGAGCGAGUCUACAAACUCUUACGGGAGUACUUGCAGUCUGAAUGGGAAGUACGUCGUGGUUCAUCGAGGGACUUUAGUACUGAUCAGAUGCAGAGCUCGCACUGUAAAGUUCCCCUGCAGGACAACAGCAGCGACUGCGGCCUCUACCUGCUGCAAUACGUCGAGAGUUUUUUAAAGGACCCUGUGGUGCACUUUGAUCUUCCUCUACAACUACAACGAUGGUUUCCACGGCAGCAGGUGCGGAGGAAACGAGAUGAAAUCAGAGAUCUGGUACUGAAACUUUACAGAGAACAGAACGUGGAUAGUAACAGAUAGACUCAUGACGGAGCAUCCAUUCCUGUAGGCAUUACACGACACUGCUCAUACUGAGCAACGGACAUCUCCGCAUGAACUGAAAAUAUUCCCAUUUGCAUCAAACGCUGUUAUGGAUUUAUUGUUUGACGCUUUCACUCAGAAAGAAAAUUAGUAAACCGCUGACUCUCUGUUGGACUUCUGGUUGAAUAUGAAGGCAUCAAUUACUUCAGUUUAGCAAACUGUUUUAUCUUCACAUCAACAUGUUUUGUAAACCCUGGGAAACUAUUGAUUGUUUUUAAUGGUGCAAGAUUUUUAUUUCAUUUUGAUGAACUCUAUUAUUUAUUUUACAUUUGGUUAAAGAAGAAACCACUAUAAGGCCUAGUUUGUACAGCAGGUUGUCGCCCUUUCAUUAUUUAGUUCCCUUCCGUUGCUAACAUUUCUUUGACAUUUGAGUUUUAUUUAUUUCACUCUAUCAUGCGGCAAUGUUAAUUUAUCAAGUCAUUAAAAGUUUGCUGGAAAAUACCAUUAAUUUUUUCCAGAUUUGCCAUGUUGAUACAUACUAAACCACUCUUUUUAGUAUAUAGAUUCAGAAGUUAUCUGUUCUUGCGAACUUUGGGACAAAUUGUUCCUCAUCAUGCAGUCCAGAUCAUAAGCUGUGUGUUUUCUGUCAUAACACAAUUUAAUCCGUAAUUCAUUCUUAAACUAAAAAAACAACUCGCCUAAAAGUUAUGCUCAAAAAUGUAAACCUUAUUAAGAGAAAGUUGAGUUUGUGCCUAAUUUCUUUUUAGCAGAGAUCAAUCUCGAUGUGUUUUUACAACUUUUGCUCAAAUGUUUGCACUUGUUAUUUAGUUUUUUAGACAUUGUGUUGGAUGAAUGUACAGGAGCUCAUUCCAAAAUAUAUUUUAGGAUCUUAUAUUAAAAUUAGUAAACCAAAUACCAAUCAUUAUUCUGGUAAACCUUGGUCUUGUUUUUAUUUUCUUCUGGAACCAGAAUAGCUGCAUUAAAGCCCAGUAUGUAUUCUAGUGUCAACUGGACAAGUGUGGGGGUCCUGACUCCUGACCUCUUGUCCUACUUGGUAACAAGAUGAUGAUUAGAGGUUUGUAACUAAACAAGAGACUGAAUGUGUUGUAAAUCAGCUGAUUUGUUAUUUUCUAAGUAUUACACGUUUUCUUUGGCUCGAGUUCUGUUAACACUUUUUUUCUAUUAUUGUAAAUAAUUAUCUUUUUGACCAGAGAAGCCAAAAGGCUUGAUUUUGUUCUGUACAAUAAAAUGCCAAUAUAAUCUGUUCAGAGA